AUGGACGCGACCACAAGCGACAGACCGACGAUCGGCGCAGAGGGCAUCGCCACGGUGCAGAUUCACCUGCCGUCGUUUUGGCCCCAGAAUCCUGCAGCCUGGUUCACGCACGUGGAGGCCAUCUUUGCCCUUCGGCGCAUUACCUCGCAACAAGCAAAGCGUCUCCAGCAGCUUCUCAACGAAGAGGAGCUCGGCGACCGGCGACCGUCAGAACUGCUACGUCGCAUGCAGCAGAUUCUCAGUGGCUGUAAGUUGGAUGUAAACAGCCCGCUGCUGCGAGAACUGUUUUUCCAGCGCCUGCCACAGAAUGUAGUCCUUGCCUUGGCUACCGCACCUGACGACCUGCCCCUCGACAAGCUGGCGGAGCAGGCCGAUCGCGUCGCUGACUAUGCAGUAGGAGGUACUGUGGCUACUGCAUCUAGCGUUCCGUUGUCGCAACUCGAGGACCGGCAGUCUCGCCUGGAGCAACUGAUCGACGACCUCGCCGAGACUGUUAAUGCCCUACGGCCACCGUCUCACCCUCGUCGACGAGACCGCGAUUACCGUCCCAGAUUGUCUCCGAGGUCUAGCUCCCGUUUCGGUCCUCGUCGACGCGUCUACUGCUGGUAUCACAGCAACUUCGGUGCCAGCGCGCGUCAGUGUCGUCCUCCUUGCAGCUGGCAGGGAAACGUACCGCAGAGCCACUGA